CAACGCGGGCGGCUCCUCGCGCCAACGCGGAAGAGCGGCGGCAUCCGGUGCGCUGGCUCGAGCCGCGCAUGAUAAAAGGUCGCGGUCGGCCAGUUUCCCACGCUACUCGGGCCAUCUUGCUAUGCGGGGCUACCGCGGCUAGCUAGCUAGCUUCCCCAGCGGGCUGCGUCAGACGCCGGAUCCCCGGCACACCCGAGCGGCUCGUCGCACCCGGACGCCCGUGGCCGUUCCCCGGGAAACUCCUCAUGCAGGCGGCCCCGGGAAAGCGGGGGGCUCUCGGAGACGCCCCCGCGUCGGCCACAGAAGACACCGGCUCGCCGGUGGGCAAGAGGUCGGGGGCCACCCUUGUCGCCGCCGACCGGAGCAACUGGAGGGCACCGAGUCCGCUGGAGGGCAACGGGGAUGACGACUCGGAGGCGGAGUCCUACCGGGACGGGCGGACGGAAGAGGUGGACAGGGACACGAAAGGUCGCGCGUUCGCCUGGUGCCGAGACUUUCUGUCCGGCGCCUGGAAGACCGUCACCGAAGACGACUUUCACAUCGGUAUCGUCAGCGGUGGACUGAGUAAUCUGCUCUACAUGUGCAGUUUGCCCGACCAUGUACACACCGUAGAGAACGAACCUCGCCAGGUGCUCCUCCGAGUCUAUGGAGCCAUUCUACAGGGGGUUGACUCUCUUGUGCUGGAGAGUGUGAUGUUUGCCAUUCUGGCAGAACGAAGUCUGGGGCCAAAGCUAUACGGUAUCUUUCCAGAGGGACGGUUAGAACAGUAUAUACAGAAUAAUCGUAUGUGCACAGAGGAACUGUCAGACCCAUCCAUCUCAGCUGAGAUUGCAACCAAGAUGGCACGCUUCCACGGAAUGUUGAUGCCUUUUAACAAAGAGCCCAAGUGGCUGUUUGGGACCAUUGAUAAGUACAUGGAUCAAGUGAUGAAGCUUAAGUUUGUGCGAGAAGCUCAUGUGAAAAAGUUCAACAAGCUGAAGAAGUAUAAUUUGCCUGCAGAGCUGGAGAGUCUUCGUUCACUCCUGCAUUCAACGCCCUCUCCAGUAGUGUUCUGUCACAAUGAUGUUCAGGAAGGUAACAUUCUGGUGCUGGAGGACAGGGACCCCACCUCAGCAGAUAGACUCAUGCUGAUAGACUUUGAGUACAGCAGUUACAACUACAGGGGAUUUGAUUUUGGAAACCACUUCUGUGAAUGGAUGUAUGAUUAUACCCAUAACAAGUGGCCCUUCUACAAAGCCACACCAGAGAACUACCCGACCAGAGAGCAGCAGCUUCAAUUCAUACGUAGUUAUCUGGAGGAACAGAGACGAGGCGGCGCGAGUGCCGUGCACGAGGACCAAACACAGAUGGAGGAGGAAAUGUUGAUCGAAGCCAACAGGUAUGCGUUAGCCUCGCACUUCCUGUGGGGCCUGUGGUCCAUCAUUCAAGCCAAGCUAUCCAAGAUUGAGUUUGGAUACAUGGACUACGCCCAGUGUCGAUUUGAUGCCUACUUCAAGCAAAAGAAGCGUUUCUCUUAAAUUCCACCUCUUGUUUGUCAGAAUGUCAAUCUUAAAAAAAAAAAAAACUUUUCGUCCAUCCAGUAGAAUUUAUGUUUCGUAUUUCUUUGCUUCACAGCCGACGUGCACAAUAAGGAAACUUAGUAAGGCUUACAGCUGUCAGUCUAAACCGUGUCGUAUGAAGGCGCAUUAUAAUGUUGUCCAACAUUAUACGGUGGUCUUGAUUUUUACAAGCCACGGUGAAUGAAAUGUACUCAUUUUAACAUAUUGCACGAGUUCAAAGGUGGUACAAAGGCAUUUUAAUUCAUUGCAUUUUGUGAAAAAAAAGUUCUUGUGCAUCUGAGGAGAUGCCACCCACUGAUAUCCAAUCAUUUACUAAACAGUACGCCACUCCUUUUUCCCAAGUUGCCACUUUUCUUCAGUUCACUUUUGACUCAAAGGUCCAAAAUAUGUUGCUGUGCUUCUGGACUUUGUCCGGCAUCUGCUGUGCACAUGUUAUGUUGUCAGUAACACAUUUCCAGUGCAGCGUGACUUUGAGCUGUUGCUUCUUCCUAACUAAAAUCAUACUGUAAUAGUCAUAACUUUGGUUUGUUUAGAAUCUAAGAUGCAGACUUUAUUUUUCUUAAAGCCAUGAGUAAGAGAAUCAUCUCGUUGGUUAUGGGGAAAGUGGGUGUGGAAAAGCCUCAGGUUUAGGUUGCUACCUCAUUUUCCUGUUCCGAGGCUCAUUGUUGGGCUCCUUGAUUGUAGUGAAUGGUUACCUGUAACAGUAAUAUGUACUAAGAUGUCUCAUACAACCAUAUCAUAACUGUUUACUAGCUGCAAAUGUACUUUCAUAAUGUGUUACCUCCAUCUCACUAAAGCCUCAUGCCAAAUGAUCUCUCUCCCCCCCUUGCUCAAAGGCACAAUUAGAUUUUGCGUCAAGUUAAAUGCCCCCUGUAAUUUACCAAAUCUGGUAUAAGGGCUGUAAUCAGAAUCAGAAUACUUUAUUCACUCCCGAGGGGAGGUUGGGUAUAUUGUAUAUACCCAGAUACGCAGAAUCGCUGAGCCCCACACAACACAAACUGUAAAUCUGAGUGUUAGAACACUUAUGAAGGCGUGCAUCUGAAGUUUGUUUUUUUCCCACACAGAAUCUUCACUUUACCUUUUGUCACGUAUUUUUAGUCGGGAAGUGUUUUUUUUUUUCCAUCUGUUUCAGUCUGUCAUUUUAUUCACAUGUAUUUUUCACGAGUUCAGAGCCUUUUUUUCCUUUUUCUUUUUUUACCAAGUACCAUAACUGUAAGAACCAAGAGGCCCAAGUCUGUACUUGCGAGUAUGACAUAGGUAUGUCCUGCGUGUAAAUCAUAUUGCAGUUUCUGCACGGCACAUCAGGAAAACAUGAUAGUAUUCUUUCCUCACGGCAGUCAUCGUAUUUUCUAGAUGCUUUUCGUUUGAGGUUGGCGUAUUCCCCUUAGUGUGUUUAUUUAUUUAGACGAUAUGUUUUGGUAGCUUGAAUCACUGCUGAUGUCUCUCUUCAUAGCCUAGUUGUAAACUUAGCGGCAUCAAUUUACUAACGAGAAGACAAGAGAAUAUUAACUUUAAUUUCAGCAAUGUAAAAAGUGAACCGUGUCUCAUGAAUACAUGUUAACCUUGUUUUGAACAUUUUACUGCACUACCAACUCCUGCUACACAACAUUUUGUUCAAAUGGUUUUAACCAGGCUCCGUACUGUGUUGUUUCUCUGCUGUACGACGUAGACCAUUAGAAGUCGAGUCUAUAUCAACUAAUAAACACACCUGCUUUGUGAAUGAUCCAAAAACCUUUCAUUUUAUCAAAGUAGAAGAG